AUGACAAAUUUUAAAAAAUUGUUAAUCGUCGCUUUGGCACUUUUUGCCACCGCUUAUGCUGCCUUACCAUCGAAUGAAUAUUUACCACCAUUAGAGGAUGCUGCUCCAGCAAGCAAUGUGGAUUUACAAUCAUUAUCCGAAAGCAGCCCUUUGGCUGAUGAUGGCUACCGUUACAAGACAGUGAAACGUUAUCGUUUCCGUCACCGUCGCGAUGUCAGCGAAUUGCCAUCUAAUGAGUAUUUACCACCAGUAGCAGCUGCACAACCUGUUGCAUCCGCACAACCCGUUGUGGACAUUCCAGUUGCUGUUGAGGAAUCUGCACAAGACUCUGCUGUCCUCGCCGAUGAUGGUUAUCGUUACAAGACCGUCAAACGCAUACGUUACCGUCAUCGUCGUGAUGUCAAUGAACUUCCCUCAAAUGAAUACUUGCCACCUGUAGCCGCUGUUGAAGAAGCACCAGUUGCCGUUGAAGUUCCAGUUGCCGUUGCACAAGAAUCAGCUGUUCUCGCCGAUGAUGGUUAUCGUUACAAGACCGUCAAACGCAUCCGUUAUCGUCAUCGUCGUGAUGUCAAUGAACUUCCAUCAAAUGAAUACUUGCCACCUGUAGCCGCUGUUGAAGAAGCACCAGUUGCCGUUGAAGCUCCAGUUGCCGUUGCACAAGAAUCAGCUGUUCUCGCCAAUGAUGGCUAUCGUUACAAGACCGUCAAACGCAUACGUUACCGUCAUCGUCGUGAUGUCAAUGAACUUCCCUCAAACGAAUAUCUACCACCAGUAGCUGCCGUCGAAGAAGCACCAGUCGCCGUUGAAGCUCCAGUUGCCGUUGCACAAGAAUCAGCUGUUCUCGCCGAUGAUGGUUAUCGUUAUAAGACCGUCAAACGCAUACGUUACCGUCAUCGUCGUGAUGUCAAUGAACUUCCCUCAAACGAAUACUUGCCACCUGUGGCCGCUGUUGAAGAAGCACCAAUUGCCGUUGAAGCUCCAGUAGCCGUUGCACAAGAAUCUGCUGUUCUCGCCGAUGAUGGUUAUCGUUACAAGACCGUCAAACGCAUCCGUUAUCGUCAUCGUCGUGAUGUCAACGAACUUCCCUCAAACGAAUACCUACCACCAGUAGCUGCAGUCGAAGAAGCACCAGUUGCCGUUGAAGCUCCAGUUGCCGUUGCACAAGAAUCUGCUGUUCUUGCUGAUGAUGGUUAUCGUUACAAAACUGUGAAACGUUAUCGUUUCCGUCAUCGUCGUGAUGUCAAUGAACUUCCCUCAAACGAAUACUUGCCACCUGUAGCCGCUGUUGAAGAAGCACCAGUUGCCGUUGAAGCUCCAGUAGCCGUUGCACAAGAAUCUGCUGUUCUCGCCGAUGAUGGUUAUCGUUACAAGACCGUCAAACGCAUCCGUUAUCGUCAUCGUCGUGAUGUCAACGAACUUCCCUCAAACGAAUACCUACCACCAGUAGCUGCAGUCGAAGAAGCACCAGUCGUCGUUGAAGCUCCAGUUGCCGUUGCACAAGAAUCUGCUGUCCUUGCUGAUGAUGGUUAUCGUUAUAAGACCGUCAAACGCAUACGUUACCGUCAUCGUCGUGAUGUCAAUGAACUUCCCUCAAAUGAAUACUUGCCACCUGUAGCCGCUGUUGAAGAAGCACCAGUUGCCGUUGAAGCUCCAGUAGCCGUUGCACAAGAAUCUGCUGUUCUUGCCGAUGAUGGUUAUCGUUACAAGACCGUCAAACGCAUCCGUUACCGUCAUCGUCGUGAUGUCAAUGAACUUCCCUCAAAUGAAUACUUGCCCCCUGUAGCCGCUGUUGAAGAAGCACCAGUUGCCGUAGAAGCUCCAGUUGCCGUUGCACAAGAAUCUGCUGUCCUUGCUGAUGAUGGUUAUCGUUACAAGACUGUGAAACGUUAUCGUUUCCGUCAUCGUCGUGAUGUUAACGAACUUCCCUCAAACGAAUACUUGCCACCUGUUGAAGAAGCGCCUGCUGCUGUUGCUGAAGAAACAGCUCCACUUGCUGAUGAUGGUUACCGUUACAAGACUGUGAAACGCGUAGUAUACAGACGUCGCGUCUAAACAACA